CUCGGCGAAUGCACCCGGCCGCUCUCUUCGCGGCGUCCUGGCGGCAGAAGCGCUCGUCCUUCGACGCCGGCUACGGGGGCGCCCCACCCAAGCGGCGAAAGGUGUUGAACUCCGCGUGGGGCUUUCGGAACAUGCUCUCCUCUGGCGGGCUCCUGGAUGACAGGGAGAACGCCGCCUCGCUCAUCAACCUGCGCGGCGGCGCCAUGGCCCCCGUCCCCGAGCCGCCGGCCUUCGACUAUGACCACGUCUUCCGCUCGCGGCCCGCCCCCGCUCCCGCGUCGCUCGCCGCCGCCGCCGCCGCAACUGCAAGCUGGGGCGAGGCGGUGCCUCGCACCGCCGCGCCGGCCUGCACGCCUCUCGGCGCCCGCUCCCCCGCGGCCCUGCGCGCCAGCGGAGCGGCGGCGGCCGCCUCGCCCGGCUUCACCCCGCUGCCCGCCGGGCUCGCCCGCUCGCCACUCGCCGCCUCACGCCCUUCAGCCGCCGCCACCUCCGCCUCCACCGCCUCCGCCUCUGCCGCCUUUGCCGCCGCGCCCGCCUUUGCGGCGCGGACCGCGGAGCAGCGCGCGGCGCUGGCGGCGGCCGAGCACCGCAAGAGGGUGGACGCGCGCGCGACUGCCGCCGCCAAGGCGGUCGCGCGGCAGCGGAUAGAGGAGCGGCUGCGGCAGGUGAGUCUGGAGGAGGCGAGGCAGCGCCAGCUGGGCGAGCUGGCGGAGGACGCAUCACAGCGGUGCCGCCGCGCGGUGGCGGCGGGCGAGGCGGCGGUGCGGCGCGUGGAGGCGCUGCACGCCGCCCUCCUGCUGUGCGGGGCCGCCGAGGCCGAGGCGGAGGCGGAGGCGGAGGCGCAGAGCAUGAGCGAGGCGGUCGCUGCGGAGCUGCUGCCGGCGGCGCGGGCGGCGGUCGAGGCGGCGGAGGAGGGGGCGGGACUGUUCCGCGUCGAGGCGGCGGGCGGGUGCGAGGGCGAGGUAGCGGCGCACGAGGCUGCCCUCGAGCAGAGCCGCACCUCGAUCUCGCUCGCCGAGGCGCGGCUCGACGAGGCGGAGGCCGGGCUCGCCGCGCUGCGCGAAGCGGCGGAGGCGGCGGCGGCGGCGGCGGAGCAGGAGUUCUUCGAGCCGGACGCGGACGACGUACUCGACGAGAACUUCCCGCCCGGCCGGCGGCGCUUCGAGCCGAGGCAGCUGACCGAGGCGGAGGAGGCGCGCCUGCCCGCCCCUCCCGCGCGCGCGGCGGUGAGCGAGAUCCUGCAGCCGGGCAACCCCGCGGAGAAGCUCUUCGAGAUCAACAACACGCCAAUCACGCGCAAGGACAUCGCGACCCUCAAGCCGCUCGAGUGGCUCAACGACGAGGUGAUCAACUGCUUUGUCGAGCUGCUCAGGCAGCACGCCAGCGAGGCGGAGCAGGCGGGCGAGCCGCUGCCGAAGGUGCACAUCUUCAGCAGCCUCUUCUACACCAAGCUCGCCGAGUCGCCCGAGUACACAUACGGCAACGUCCGCCGCUGGACCAAGCGGGCCAAGGUCGACCUCUUCUCGCGCGACCUGGUCAUCGUGCCCAUCAACCAGGGCAAUACGCACUGGACGCUCGGCCUCAUCAACCUGCGGCAGAAGAGGUUCGAGUUCAUCGACUCGAUGCACGGCUCGGACGGCGGACGGCUCGCGGUCCUCCGCCGCUACCUCAAGGACGAGCACCAGGACAAGAAGGGCGCGCCGCUCGACCUGGGGGAGGACUGGGUCGACAUUUCGUACACCGCCGCCGACGGCACGCCGCGCCAGACAAAUGGGUUUGACUGCGGCAUGUUCAUGUCGCGCACGGCCGAGUAUCUCGUGCGCGACGCCGUGCUAGACUUCACGCAGGCGGACAUGCCCAACUUGCGCCGCAGGAUGGUGUUUGAGCUGAGUCAAAAGGCGCUGACGGACUGAGAGCCGAAAGAAAACCUGCUGGCGUCUGUGUUUUGUGCGUGUAUUACACUCUCUGCGC